AUGGUUGCUUAUUGGUACUCUACAGACGGAAUUGACCAGCGUAGGCUAUCAAAUCGACAUCUUUCUAUUCUAGACGAGGCUUUUAAACAACAGCGACGAGUGGAGAUAUAUGAUGAAGACGCUUUCGGGCCAGAGGUACUUGCAACUGCUUGCCCUCACCUAGGGACAAUGACAGCUGGCUUAUUACACUAUGGUUUAUACCGUCAGCCUUCGCUGUGGGAUGCCUGUGACAGCAGUCUAGAGACACUUCUUCUGAUGGACUGUGGAGAUGGUGCUGACCAGGAUUCCAAGGGAUUGUCGAGUGAUUGGUAUGAAAAUAGUUGUGGGCUGCUGGACACGCCUGCUAUUGAGAUACCUGAUUCUGUCCACAGUCCAGAUCACCAUGCAAUGAUGCGGACAAUUCCUCAAGGUACAAAUCCGUCGAGCCUGUUUUCCAACUACCAGUCAGUACCUGAUCGGCCACAGUCACAUCUACACGAUAGUUCUUACAUCUGUUGCAUUAUAAGCUAA